CGGAAAACACAAUACAGCGUUGAUUAUAUGCGCAUUUCUCACAUGCCUGGGAAUGACCUUUCUAAUCUUGGCCUGUGCCGUGCCCACACCAAAGAUAUUCUACCCGUUCUUUGUCCUGCUGUUCUACGCACUGUCUGUGCUUCCAGUGUUCAUUGCUAAACGCACAACGCCGGUGAAUGAGACAAAUCCAAAGACAGAGUUUGCCCUGUUCCUCACGGCUGGCAUGGUGUUGAGUGCCUUUGCCUUGCCCAUCGUUCUCGCCCACUCGGCAGUGAUCACUUGGACAGCGUGCACCCUGACACUUAUUAGCAAUAUUAUCAAUUAUGUGACCAUUUUCGGCUACACCAUGCGCGAUGAGGAACCCUACGGAAGCAUGUUCUAGGAAGGGGCUGGGUAAUAAACGCAUUUUUCCAGAAAGCAGGCAUUCUGCGCACUUCCCUGCAGACAUAAACCAAUCUCAUAUAUAAUCAAGUGUAUUCAAAAUAACAUUAAACAAAAUAAACUGUAGUUAAAA